GCCUCAAAAGCCUGCUCUGCCUCCUCUUUCACACUUCCCAGAGAAAAGGAGGCCUCUGUGGAGCCUCAGAGGAAGUGCAAGAGGUACGGUAGGCUGUUUGCAGAACUUCAUGUGAACGGCAAGCUCAGUUAGAAGAACGAACCUCUUCAGCUGGCUGCAAUUUUCUUUGAACCAAAAACAGUGCCUUGAAAAUGAACCUCUGCACCGUUCUCCUCAUUACAUUCCUGGUGAUUUUUUCCUUCUGCCUGAAAGGCACUACAGCUGGGAAAGAAAUUCAUGGUCUUCUGGGUCGGUCAGUUCUUCUGCCUAAUCCCGAUUACGAAGGAACACCUUCCAUCUUUAAAUGGUUUAAGCUAACCAGUAAUAAACCAAAGGUAGUGAGAUGUAUUCCACCGAAUACAGGAAAGAACUACACAGAAAAAUGCAAACAACUGUCCAAUGGUAGUCUCAUUAUACACAAAUUGCAGCAAGAUGAUGCUGGAGAUUACAGGGUAUCUGGAUAUGCAAGCAACGGAAAUGCGUUAUUUCAGGAAACUACCGUAACUUUGAAAGUGCACGAACCUUUGCCUCAGCCACAGUUAAUCAAGGACUGCUCCAACAACACAGUGGUCUGUGAAGUGAAAUCUGAUGAAAACCAAAGCCUCAAAUUUAUUUUGCAUCAAAAUAAUAAGAUGAGAACAUUUCAGGGACCAAAGUAUGUCAAUGGAACCUGGAGGGUGACAUCCCAACCCAAAAAUCUUUCUGGGAAAUUCAAGUGUGAGGUUGUCAGGCACCAGAUAGACAAGCAAUAUGCGGAGAAUGAAAUCAACUGUCCCGGAACAGGCUCUCUCUCAAAAUAUAUGAUUUACUUACUGCUGAUUGGAGGAGGGGUUCUCCUUAUUAUCUUUGUGGCUCUGAUUGUUUACUUUGUCCGAAAGAAGGCAGCAAGAAGACGUGAGUUGGAAGAUGAAGAAAGAGAAAUACAGGCCCAGCUUACAGAGAAUACAUUGAAACACCGGACUCUUCCUCAGCCUUCCAUUCAGGCUACCUCAAACCAUACAGACAAACAACAAAGGCCACUACCACCCCCACCUCAUUCUGAAAAACAACCACAAGGUAGACCCCCCCAGCCCAGACCACGCCCACCUCAACAGAAACCUCCACGACGAAUGAAGGAAAGAUCCUAAACACUGACCACCAUACACUUUGCUGAAAAUCAGUGCAUAUCCCGGAAUGGAGAAAUAAGUUCGAAUAGCAACAAUCCCGGUGAAUACUUGUGUUGAAAAAUAUAAGCUGGAACUUUGACUCUGAGCUCUGACAUGGAUUUCCUGUUUCCCUUACUUGGAAUUUAGCUCACUUUGUUACUUUCUGCUUCAAAAUGUUAUGAGAUCCAGUGUGGAAUAAUGGACUAGGUCCUGGGAGAUAUGGUUGAAAUCCCACUGUGGCAAUCACUGCUUUGGCUCAUGUAGGGGAUUAUUUGAAUGGGAGUGAGUUAGUCAGUUAGAGUCGGAUA